UAAUAUCAAUACAAUCAGCAAAAAUAUACGUAAUCUCAAAAUCAGAGACUAAAUAUUGAAAUCACAAAAAAGUUUACGUAAAGUGUAGUCAAAAUAAUUGUACUUUUAUUGUAAUAAAAAGUUUUUCUAUUAAAUAGUUAUCAAUAGAAAACUUUUAUCACAAGAAUAUUCUUUAAGUAUUUUGUAUAGAGUUUAAUAUUUACAAAAUGUUUUCAAAACACAUUUUCGUGUUAAUAAUCUCAUCGAUAUUCGCCAUAAGCACCGGGCGAUUAGUCAGCGACGUGAGCACAACCACACCCGCCAGUACCACCACAUACGCGGCCACUGACAUCAGGAUUUGCGCCGAUUUGAAGCCCAGAUUCAUAAGCACCCGACAGAGUAGGUAUCAGACACUGGAGUGCACCGCAAAGUUAUGUACGGCCGACAGCACCGACACCUCACCCAUACUGGACAUACCAGUGGACAUCACGGCCACGUUUAAUAACCCAGCAUUUGAGUGGAACUGCCAGUUGGGACACAUCGAGAGCUCAAACGGGACCUGCGAUCUUGAGAGGGGUCACUGUUGGCACACCAUUGACAUCGACUUGUGGUACUUCCGACAUAAGAUGUGGGAUAAUGGGUUGGAUGAGCUCCAGAUAUCGUGUACUGUGAGUGACGCCUUUCUCACUCCCGAUGGCAACCAUCAGGACAUACUUCUGGUCACGGAUGUCGAGUACAGCUAUAUUAAGAGUUUCAAAGGUAAAGCAGUUAACGACAGGUGCCAAACGGACAGCGAGUGCGGGGACAACAUGUUCUGUCUGAACACGGGCACCGGUAACCCAGGGAUCACCGCCACUACAUGCCAGUGCCGUAUGGACUACAUAACGGGUGUCCAAUACGUGCAGAUUAUGGACGACAAGUACAACGAGUGGUUGUGCGCACCGCCACUACUGCUGAACGAGUCCUGUCUGUACGACUCCCAGUGCCAGGCCAUGGAUGUGAACACCAUAUGCGACAGAGCGGAGGCCGAGAGCACCGGUAGAUGUGUGUGCGACGACGAUAUGGUAGCCUUUAAGUCUGGCUGCCAACCGGCACCGGUAGCUUCCGAUACCACACGCCGGCCGACCAUUAUUUGGUGGAUAUUUACUGAUGACUAUAGGGAGGACCAGUCACAGGGCAGGGGGUUCUGGUGGUUGAGAUGGGCGGCCUAUGUCAUGGCUAUUGUGGCCAUUAUUUUGCCCUUUUUGUUGGUUAUCAUAGCGAUGGUUAUGCUGUGCCACCGGCGCUCUGCCGCCAAACGCGCGGCUGUGUUAGGGUCGGCCCACAUGCAAGGGGUCGUCAGACCCCGAUUCCCGGCCCCCAAAGUCAUUAUAUCGGAGCUGAAGCCCAGUAAAGAGAAAUCCGAUGAUAAGUACGGUUUGGUUCAAAACGAUCACUUGAGUAAUCAGUAUUAAGUCUAUUGUGGUAUCAGUUUUUGGUGGCUGUCCUCCAGAAUCUCUCCCAUUCCCUACCUUUAACUUAAUAUUUUUGAGAUAUUCCUACAAAAUAUAUAAUGUAUUCUUAAGCAAACUAUUAAUGCAUUUGAUUUGCAAACUGAAGGACACAAAGACAUAAUUACUAAACAAUAAUCUAAUGACUGAAUUGAAUAUGUAUUGUAAUUAAUAUUAAUUUUAUGAGAAUUUCUUAAUAAAACAAUGAUAUUUUAAUAAUUA